UAAUUGUAUCUAUAUAUAUAUUCACGCUUCAAUUACUUGAUACCCGAAACCCCUCUUUCUCCUUGUAACCCGUUUUCAGAUCGAUUCCAAAGCGCUUUUUGGUUUGAAUUUGAAGAAGCCAACGUUCAUUGAUCGAUGGGAGAAUCCGAGGUGGUUGUGUUGGGCUGGUGGCUAAGCAUGUUCGAUCCGAGGGUGAGAAUCGCUUUGGCUGAAAAAGGCGUCGAAUAUGAGUACAUACAAGAAGACAUCCCAAACAAAAGUCCACUUCUUCUCAAACACAACCCCAUUCACAAGCUCAUCCCAGUUUUGAUUCACAACGGGAAAUCCAUCUGCGAAUCCAAAAUCAUACUUCAGUAUAUUGAUGAGACGUGGAGGGAUAAGGCCCCGUUGUUGCCUUCUGAUCCUUAUCUCAAAUCUCAAGCCACUUUUUGGGCUGAUUACAUUGAUAAGAAGAUAUACGAAGGUGCAAAGAGAAUAUGGAGCUCAAAAGGCGAAGAGAUGCAAAAAGGAGGAGAGGAACUUGUAGGGUACCUCAAAGUGUUGGAAGGGGAGCUUGGAGAGAAGCCAUAUUUUAUGGGUGAGAGUUUUGGGUAUGUGGAUAUUGUGCUUAUAUCGUAUUACCACCAUUUUUAUGCAUAUGAGAUCCUUGGGAAGUUCAGUGUCAAGAAAGAAUGUCCAAAGUUGAUUGAUUGGGCUACAAAAUGCAUGGAAAGAGAGAGUGUUUCCAAGACUCUUGCUGAUCCAAACAAGAUUUACGAGGCUACAAUGGGGUACAGAAAGAACCUUGGCUUAGAACCCUAAUUAUACCAUUUCAUGCAUCCUUUCGUUUCAUAGCAUCAAACCUUUUGGUUGGUUUUUCAAAUUUAGGGUUUGUAUACUAUGAUCUGGGAUUUGAUAUCUGGUUGGGUUUGAGAAAAUCAGUUCAUAUCUUAUGAACUGAUUUUUACUGGUAAAUGAUUUGUCGUAAUAAUAAGGUGUAUUACUGUCUGGGGUUUGUAACUCUUGUACUUGUCCUAGUGUGUAGUAAUGGUCUUUAUAUGUAAGUUUGAAUUUUAUUUUAUAUGUAAUUGAAGCAAUGGAUGAAUUAAAUAAAUUUAUGAGAGGUUUGUUGU